UGCCGAACGCAAUAUCCGACGCGCACCGGCUCGCCGCAGUCUCGUUCGCGUCCAUAUAACAAUAUCGUUAUUACGCAGUCGUUUCGAUUUCGGUUUCUUUUUCGCUUUCGAUUUCACUCCGAUACUUCCCAGGCGCGUACCGUCGCCGUAGUGCCGCAGCCACGAGGAGGCUGUUCUCCCGCGAUCCGUCGCCGAGGCUCGUCGGCCAUGCUCCCGGGGCCGGCCGUCCACCGAAAACGCCGACACUGACGUUGCACUUUGCCCCCAAAACUAUACAGGUAUUUCGUACCUCCCGCGACGCGCCAUCGACCCGUCGGACGUGUAGGCCGCCAUGGACUCGGGACUGGCCCGGUUCGCCGUGCUCAUAGUGCUGUUCUUCCUGUUGACCGGCGACCUGGCCGGCAUGGUCAAGCACAUGUUCGAGGAAUACGGCGGAAAACAGCAUGGCAACCACCAUCAGCGGAACCGGCAGCAGUCUUCGGAAAAGUCGGCUGGCGAGAGAGUCGCCCGGUCGGCGAAACCUGCGCCGAGUGCGGCGGCGGCGGUGGGCCCCCCCGACGACAUCGGCCGAGGCGGUAGACCGACGGCGGAAGGCCAAGGCGCGGAAGAUGAUCCAGACAUGGAAGCGUUCGCCAAAUCGUAUUCGGCCCGAAUGAAACUGGUCAACACCAUCAAGGAAUCGUGUUUGCCGAAACUCAUUUGCGAGCUGACUGCGUCCACGAACCGAGACUCGCUCACCGAAUCCGAGAGAUACCUGUUGUCGCUAAUUAGAGAAACGACCAUUUCCACGACGGCCGAAGUGACGUCCAAAUAUCAUUUCGCCGCGCACAUGGGCCAACUCAUCAACGGCAUCGACAACACGGGAUGUCACAACUUCUACCCCGGAUGUCCGUUUCCAGGGCUACAGGUGAUGCAAAUGAUGAAGAAAGUGAAGAUCUUGUAAAAUAAUUAUUAUACCUACGUGUGUGACGCCGACGCAGCGACCACAGUCUAGUCCUUAAACCGAUGCAUCGUAAUAAUAAUAUAAUAAUAAUUGUUAUAAGACCGCGGUAUACCUAUAACCGCUCCUUGAAACGUAGGCAGGCCAGCUGCUGUUGAUGUAUACGCGCGCGACCUUUAACGUCUUGUUGUAAUGUUGAAGCCAACCGCAGUUGAUCAAAAGAUAAAAAAUCAAACGAUUUUUCCGCCCUCGCAAAUCCAGCUUGUAACAUAAGUCAUGUCCACGCCAUCUUCGUUGCGGUCACCGUCAACCGAUUGCGCGUAGAAAUCAGUAACAAUAUGUUUUUUUUUUUUUAUCAAUUACAACCGAUAAUUAUUAUUAAGACA